UAAAGACUUAGCUAUCACUGCCCGAGAAAGCAUUAACAAACUUCAAAAGAAAGCGUUUGCAGCUGUAUUGACAAGGUCAAAAACAAAGCAAAAGGAGCCGACUAUGGAGUCGAAACCAAUUGAGAGCCCCAACCUAGUUCGAGCGGAACAAAAAAGACCACCAGCAGGCUUAGCUGUCCUGAACUUGUGUGACAUAAAGCGGUUCAGUGAUCUGUCACGACUGGUUAAAACAAUAGCAUGGGUUUGGAGAGCUGCAAAGAAGUUUCUCGGCAAAAAACGGACUGUAAAUAAACCAAAGUGGGAGGCAGUCUUGUCAUUAGGAACCAUUUCAGUAAGAGAAAGAGAAGAUGCUCUACGAGACAUUUUUCUUGCUGAGCAGGAUGGGGUGACCUUUCCAAACACCACUAAAGAGAGGUUAGUUGUCUUUAAAGAUUCAGACUCUGGAUUGUUGGUCUGCGGUGGCAGGGUGCAGGUCUUUCAAGAUGAUCAGCUGAGUGUUCCAAUUCUUCCUUCCAAUUCAUGGAUUUCCACAUUACUAGCUCAAGAAUCUCACAAGGAGAGCCACGGAGGCUUGGCUGAGACUCUGCUUAGAAUGCGAAGGAGAGCCUGGGUAUUAAAAGGCAGAAGAAUAGCACAAAAAGUUGUGGACAGCUGUGUACAAUGUAGGAAGAACAAAGCAAAAAAGUGUCAGCAAGUAAUGGGUGAUCUUCCUUUAGAAAGAACCCAACCAGCUGCACCUUUCGAGUUCACAGCAGUGGAUCUUUUCGGACCUUACCAUGUGAAAGAUGAUGUCAAGAAAAGAGUCUUGCUGAAGGUCUGGGGUGUUGUUUUUUGUUGUAUGUCGAGCAGGGCAAUCCAUACAGAACUGGUUAACUCUCAGUCAACCGAAGGUUUCUUACUGGCCUUUCAAAGAUUUGCUGAAAUUAGAGGCUAUCCCAGAAAGAUUUUUUCAGAUCCUGGUACCAAUUUCAUUGGAGCAAGACCAGUUUUGCAAGAUCUGUACCAAUUCCUGGAGGGAAUUGACAAAUCUACCCUGGAGGAAACAGCAGUAAAACAUGGAACUGAGUGGAUCUGGAAGAUUCACCCAGCUGAUUCCCCACAUAGAAAUGGAGCUGCUGAAGCUGCAGUGCGCAUUAUCAAGAGGGCACUCCAAAACUGCGGAGGGGAGUCCACCCUCACAUACAGUGAAAUGCAUACAGCCCUUCAAAUAGCAGCUAAUCUUGCAAAUGAGCGACCAAUCGAUGCCAGGGCACAAAAUCAGGAAGGCUGCAUUCAAUAUGUAACGCCAAAUUCGCUAUUGCUCGGACGAGCGUCUCAAAGUGGUGACAUUAAAACUUUUGACUUUUCCAGCUAUCCCUUCAAAAGACUCCAAGCAAUGCAGUCAUUGGUAAAUAAGUUUUGGGAACGUUGGAGCCAGCUUGCAGGUCCUAAUUUAUUCAUAAGGAGCAAGUGGCACACCACGCACAGAAAUGUCGCAAUUGGAGAUAUUGUCUGGAUCGCAGAUCAGAAUGCACUCAGAGGACAAUUCAAGCUUGGCAGAGUAAUCAGUGUCAAUCCAGACAGUAAAGGUGUCGUAAGAGAUGUAAAUAUACGAACAUUCCCAAGUUACCCUGUUCUGAUCACAAAACCAUCAAAAGCAAGGGCAAAUUCUUCGGAGUCCAAAAUCGGUCGAGAGAAGAUCCCGAGUACUGUCCUUCACAGAGAUGUCAGACGGCUAGUUGUUCUACUUUCUGCAGAGGAACAAAAGAGUAAAUAAUUCAGAGAACAUCCUUUUGAAAGCUAAAAGUAAUCGAACUAAACAGUUUGCCUUCAAAAAGAUGCGAUUUCCUCUUUAUCCCAAGAAAAUCGAGUGGGAGGUGUCAAGUCAAACUAAUAUUGAAGGAGAAAAAAAAAAAUCCAUCCGCCAGUCGGAGGGAGAGGCGGAAGGACAUGCAGUAGUUCGGCAUUCACGUAAGGAAAAAGGAAACUGAAACCUAACCAGAACAGAAUCUCCGCCAAAACGAAACCUCCGCCAAAGCCGAAUCUCCGCCAAAAUUGAGAAAGAAAGUGCACAACAGUUAAAAAACCAUCAUCAAGUCCCGGAGUGGCAGCCGGUUUUUCACCUUUCAACUUUCAACUUUCUACUUUCUACUUUCAACUUUCCAACGUUAUACUUUUUACCUGCCUUUCUGCUGCAUUUUUGAUGCAAUAAAUGGAUGAGUGGAAUCCAGUUAAAACUC